CAGUGGGGUCGAAGGCACAGGGGACAGCUGGAGACAAACUGAGCGUCUGGCGGGCGAGCCAAGAAAGCAUGGGGAAGCACGGUAACCUCUCAGAACCAUGAACAGCGUCAGGGACUUGCGGCAGCUUCCAUCUGAGAGGAGUGAGCAAGAGAGGAGAUCAUUCCAAGGUAUCUUGAAUUACGAUCUGAAGAACUGUAUAAAAAUCAAAGAGAGGUCUGAUAUAAAAAAGCUGAAGAUACCAGAAGGACUCACAGCAAACAUUGGACUCCCCCUGGAGCUGGUGGAACAGCACGACCCUUGGCCCGCUUAUGUCACAUACACCUCCCCAAUGGUAAAGAGACUUAUCGUGAAAAGCAAGAUGAGAGAACUGGAAUACACCAACGCCUUCGAGAGCAAACACCGAGCGGGGAGGUCCAAAAAGCCCUCUGGCACCGGUCAGAUGAAGAGGAGGUCAUCCAAGUCCUUCGGUGAAGCCACGCUCCAGGAUGCGCUGUCCCAGGCCAUGUCACCUGUGGGGGGCGCCUCCUCUGCUGACGCACCGGAACCCAUGGGCUUCCACCAGGAUUCCAGCGACAGCCCCACAGCAGCCUACAACAAGAUCAUCUUCUCCUGCAAACCCAUGACAAAGCUGCUUCCCUAUAGCUUGCUGCUGACCAACAAGGAGAAACACAUGAACGCUUAGCCACGGGGCCCGUGUAGUCAUUAUCUCCGGGGGAGGUGU